UCUAUGAUUAUAAUCCAUAGAUAGUAGAUUAUAAUCUCUAAUAUCAUCAUUUAUAAGCUAUGUUUUUAAACAUUAUUGCAACCAUUUUAUAGCUUCAUUAUAGGCAUUUAAAAGUAGCUUCAGAUGGCAGUUUUCGUCGUGAGCGAAUGGCUGGCAAUAAACGAAAAAUUCUGUCGAUAGAACAGAAAAUUUCACUAAUUCAUGAAAUAGAGCAAGGUGAAAAGAAAAGUGAUGUUGGUCGACGGUAUGGACUUACUCCUUCAACUGUUUCAACGAUCUGGAAAUGUAAAGACAAGGUAUUACAAGCAGAAUUGCAGGGUUGCUUAUAUAAAAAGUUGAGAAAACCAAAAUUUGAAGAUCUGGAUCGGGCCAUGGUGGAAUGGCUAGAAACACAGCGCAUCAAAAAUGUAUUAAUUACCGGGCCCAUUUUAAAAUCAAAAGCUAAGAUGUUUGCUGAACAGCUGGGUAUUAAAGAUUUUAAAGCUUCAGAAGGCUGGCUAGGAAAGUUCAAACACCGUCAUGAACUUAACUAUGGUCCAAUAAUUGGGGAAACUUGCAAUGUCAGUAUUAAUGAAAUUCUAGAAAUAGUAAAGAAAGAAGAAGUAGAUCAAGAUGAUGCACAACAACUGCAAACAGGUGAAUCAGAACCACCCACCUUUCAGGAAGCACUUGAUGCAACCAAAUUACUAAAGAAAUUCUUCCUGUUUUAUGGAGAAGACUCUAGUGCACUUCAAGAUGUAUCAAGAGUGCAUAGUAAAGUACAAGCUCUAUGUUUGCAUAACAAAAAGGUGCAAAACUAUAAACACUUCUUUACACCUUAAAGUUGAUAAGCAUGUAUUUUAUAAUGUUUAGCUGUAUAAUAAUAAUAAAUAAUAAAUUACUACAGUGUA